AUGGGCGGCAUCAGGAGAGAAGACCUCUUUCUGGGUAAGGAGGAUUUCAUGGGGAGGAACGACGAUGAAUCAGAGUCCGAGCUCGGUUCCGGGUCAGAUUCUGAAUCAGAGGAGGUGCCGUCGAGCGAGCCCUCUAAGAGAGCCAUCUACAACAGGGAGGGCAUCCUCGAGAAGCUGGAGGACAUCUGCUGGCCGGAGAACGUGGACUGGAUCCACAAGCUCGCCGUUGACCUCGAGGAGGAUAAGGAUCUGGACGUGAACGACGACAUCGUGAGGGAGCUGGCGUUCUACACGCAGGCAUUGGAGGGCACCCGGCAGGCGUACGCGAAGCUCCACUCUCGGGGAGUCGCCUUCUUCAGGCCGCCGGACUACUACGCGGAGAUGGUGAAGACGGACAGCCACAUGCUGAAGGUGAAGGGGAGACUUCUGGAGCAGAAGAAGAAGAUCGAGGAGGCCGAGGAGAGGAAGAAGGCCAGAGAGUCGAAGAAGAUGGCGAAGGAGGUCCAGGCCGUCAAGCUCAAGGAGCGGGCCAAGCAGAAGAAGGAGGACAUCGAGUCGGUGAAGAAGUGGAGGAAGCAGAGGCAGCGGAGCGGGUUCGGCGCCGACAAGGGCGAAGAUCUGGGCUUCAACUUCGACGGCGACGGCGGCGGCGGCGGCGGCGGCGGCGGGUUUGAGAGGUCCAAGAAGAAGAGGCCCGGAGUGGCGCCCGGUGACCGGUCAGGAGGUUCCGGGAAGAGAAAUGUCGGAGGGAAGGAGAAGGCGAACAGGAAGAGGGAGAGGAGGGACUCCAAGUUCGGCUAUGGCGGAAGGAAGGGACUGAAGAAGCAAAACAACGCCGCGACCACCGACGACCUGAGGGGCUUCAACAAAAGCGAUUUCUCCUCGAAGAAGAGGAAGAAGAAUAUGUGA